CCCCUUCACUUCAACUGUACAGCCAUUCAGUGCUAGAACACAUUUCGCAUCGAACGCGCCCCGAUCAAGGCAUUGCCAAGAAUAAACCAAACCAAGUUUUGAGAAGUCCAGGAAGAAAGUGACACAAACCUUAGAAUGCGUGUGCUGAGCUGCAUCUCUGUGCUGUUGGUGGCACUGGUGGCCGUGCUGGUUCUACCGGGCAGUACCACUGCCUUCAGAAGGAACUAUAACGGAGUGUGUGCCUGUCCCAAGAUUUACCGGCCUAUUUGUGGAAGUGAUCUGAUCACCUACGCCAAUAGCUGCAUACUGCGGUGCAAGGUGGACAGUUCCUACGGCAAAUCGGUUCAGCUGCGGAUACUUCGCGACGGAGAAUGUGAGCGCAAGGCACCGAUUCAGAUUCCCGAGGAGAUCCUGGAUUAAGGCGAACGAACACCAUAAGGAACUGUAUUUGUGAUAGCGAAGGAUAUGGAGAACAAAGACAAAGAAGUAAAGGAAUGCUUCAGCUGUAUGUGAUGUGAAAUAAAUCGACAAUAAAGUAUUGAUUUGUUAAAAAAAAAAA